AUGGAUAAUACCCUUAUAAGUGAUGCUGAACGCUUUUUCAUAAUUCAGGGCGCUCAGGUAGGCGAUUUUUUUCUAAAAUGUAAGUUGAGCAAGCUUGAUUGUCGACUAGAUGGAAGACAACGAAGGGAUUUUCGACCAAUAGAAUUAGAAACAACGAUUCUUAACCACACAGCUGGCUCAGCACGUGUCAAAAUGGGAAACACUAUUGUAAUUACUUGUGUUACAAUUGAAAUUGGUAUCCCGUCUGUUGAUGCUCCUAACGAGGGUCGAAUUGAAAUUGACGUCGAAUGCUCCUGGAAAGUGAUGGAAAUCUUUUGGAUGCAGCCUCUCUUGCGAUCGUUGCUGCUUUGUCAACAGUCAACUCAGAAAAUUGCAUCAGAAACUGCCGAUACUUCCGGUACUAUGGAUUUCAAGCUUUCACUAACAAAUCUUCCGUUGUUUACUACUGUCCACAAGGUUGGAGAUUCGUAUAUUGUCGACGCUGACAAGGAGGAAGAAGCCUGUUCAUUUGCCCGGUAA